AUGGUUCUGGACCAGCAGAUGCUCCGUCUCACCCUGGAGGAUCGUCAGCCCGUCGACUUCACCAAGGUCAUCACUCCACCAACCGAGAGUGACCAGACGACGUCGCCGACGGCAUCGGCCGUAUCGCAUGUCUCCGAAUCUCGAGCGCAGGACAAGGUGGGCGCCGUCGCCGACCCCAUGAGCCGCAUCUAUCGACACACCCCAACGCCCACCAUCGUCCUUGAUGGCACCCUCCGUGUGCUCGAAGUUUCCGACAGCCACCGGAAUUUAUUUCGACAGAGCCGCGCGCAGUUGCUCGGGACGAGCAUCUACGAAUUGCCGCCGCGCAUCGUCCCAGCGCCCGAUAUUGCGCUGCUGAGUGGCGCGCUGGGCGCUGCCCUCACCACGCGAGCAGCCCAGGCUAUUAAUGCCAUUUCAGUCGCUGGUGUCGAUGAACACUUUACAUUGCGUGUCACGCCCAUCUUUGAAGAUGAUGCGUUGAUCUACGUGCUGCUGGAGGCCCAGUCCAGCACCCGCGAACAGCGCGCCCUCGCCCCGGCCCAGGAGCAACCGUUCCUCAACGAGACGUAUAAGAUUCUCGUCGACACCGUCAAAGACUACGCCAUUUUCAUGCUUGAUACCCAUGGUCACAUUGCCACAUGGAACUCGGGCGCAUCCAUCCUGAAAGGCUACACCACGAGCGAGAUUAUCGGAAAGCACUUCUCCGUGUUCUACAGCGCCGAAGACCGGGCAGCCGACAAGCCCGGACGGGAGCUCGAGAUCUGUUUGCUGGACGGCAAGGUCGAAGAUGAAGGCUGGCGCUAUCGCAAGGACGGACAGCGCUUCUGGGCCAAUGUCAUGAUCACCCCGAUCUACCAGUUUGGCCGACAUGUGGGGUUCGUCAAAGUCACCCGCGACCUGACGGAGCGCAAGGCCGCCGAGGCGCGCUUGAUCGCAGCCUUUGAGGAGUCGGCCAAGCUCAAAACGGAAUUUUUGGCCAACAUGUCGCACGAGCUGCGCACCCCGAUGAACGGCAUGUUCUUGGCCUUGACCAUGCUCUUACGAACCCCCCUCAAUGACGAUCAGCGGGAAUAUGCCUCGAUCCUCGAAGAUUCCACCUCGAUCCUCCUCCAAGUGAUCAACGAUGUGCUCGAUUACUCGAAGCUGUCCUCCGGGACUUUUUCUCUUACAUCAGACGUGGUCAACAUCCCCAGUGUGGUCAAUGCGGUCGUGCGAAACUGCCAGCCGUCCGUGAAGGCCGGGGUGGCUCUGGAAACCUUCAUCCCCGAUGAUUUCCCCCAAAAUAUCAAGGGCGACCCAUUACGGUUUCGGCAGGUGUUACAGAAUCUCGUCGGCAAUGCCGUCAAGUUCACCGAGAAGGGUUAUGUGCGGGUGAACGCCUCGCAUACCCAAGACCCCAAGGAUGCUCAGCUGUGUGACGUUUCGAUUGAAGUGGUGGAUUCGGGGAUCGGCGUGCCCGACGACGCCGUGGGAACGCUUUUCACGCCCUUCACGCGAUUUGCCGACUCGGCCAGCAGACGAUAUCAAGGCACGGGACUGGGCUUGUCGAUUUGCAAGAGUCUGGCGGAGCUCAUGAACGGCGCCGUCGGGUUCCAUGCCAACCCGGAUGGACCGGGCAGUGUGUUCUGGAUGUCGGCCAAGUUUCGACGCAUGGAUUCCCCGGCCCACAGGCGCCUGACGUCGCCUGUGCCGACGGACCCCUCGCCUAUGUUGCAAAAGGUGGCGCCGCAGAGGCAGGUCUUGUUAGUGGAAGAUAACAGGGUCAACCAAACGAUUAUGCUCAAAUUGCUGGGAUCCCUCGGGUUCGAACGUGUGGAUGCCGCCUGGGACGGGGCCGAGGCCGUGCGCAUGGUCAAGCAGAAGCGACUGGCGUACAGCGUGAUUCUGAUGGAUAUCAACAUGCCUGUCAUGGAUGGCAUCACCGCGACCGAACAAAUUCGCGCGAUGAAUGUCGAUGUGCCCAUCAUCGCCCUGACCGGGAAUGCCCUGAAAGGCGACGCGGAAACAUACUUGGCGAAGGGCAUGGAUGAUUACAUUGCCAAACCUCUCCAUCGCCAGCAGUUGAUCGACCUGCUCUGGAAAUGGUGUGGACCGUAA